CGCGGCAGGCGAGGGUCCCCCGCGCCUUGGGCUGCCGGCGCCCUGCCAGCCUGGCGCCCUCCGGGAGCCCCGCUCCUCCCCCCGGGCUCCCGCGAAAGCCUUUUUCCCCGCACCGCGACUGACCCGCUUUGCUCGCCAGGGUGCUCUCGGCCUGUUUGCCGUUGGGCCUUGGUGCCCGCGACACGGCUGGGUUCCCACGCCGCGCGGACCCUGCGCUCUGAGCCCCCACAAUGGCCGGUUGGGCAGCGCCUGUGCGAACCGCCUGCAGCUUCUCUGCACUUUGUAGCCUCUGAUGCCCCCCACGUCUUUGUUUCUUCUUCCCCUCAAGAAAAGCGAGCUGCCAGCAUUCGAAGCCCUCUGUCUGGAAGGAGCCCCAGGUCCAGGGGUACAGUGCUCCUGACCCUGGAGGCUUCCUACUGGUAGUCUGUGAUGGAACCUCCUUCCCCGCAGGACAAAUACCGCCCCCCCCCCCAUCAGUUAGGAUACAGUUUGCCAAAAGGAGAGGAUGGGGUCCAGGAAUUGCUUUUGGACAUCGGAACGGAGCUGGUCCUUCCACUGAAAACUCCAUUCUGGAUCCCCCGCCCCAGCUGCCUUGAGGCAAGGAGGCAGCUGGGAGAUCUGGCCUUGGCCGGCUGGGGCCGCUGGGGGUCAGGCAUCCCUGCUCUUCUUCUCCGAUGCCACCCUCUGGUCAGGAUAGCAAAUCCCAGGGGUUGAUUUGCCUUUUGGGCCACAGGAGGGGUCCCCGGGUUCUCUCGCAGCCCCUGGGCCUCUACUGGCACCAUUGCCCGCCCACCCGGUGCUGUUUUCAGUCUUUUUUUCCCAUGGCUGAAAAGCGUCACUUGCAUCAGCUGGGCAUGCAAUCUGUCCAGUCUGAGGGCCUCCUCCUUCCUCAGUGGGAAGCCGCCGCCUCUCUUUCCUCUGUGUGCGUGUGUGUGUGUGUGUUUGCGCGUGCAUGUAGAUGUGCGUAAGCUGCUUUUAACAACCUACAUAAUACCAGCAUGGCAAAUGGUUCAUCCCUGCAACGCUCUGCUGAAGAUAGAAGAAAAGAUGACAUGCAACCUUGAAGGAAAAAUAUUGUGUUUGGGGCCUAGAAGCAGUUUUGUCCUUUAUAACGGGUCAGAAGGUUAUCUGAAUUCUUCCUAUCAUCAACAGACCUCAUUUGUUUGUUUGCUUGUUUUUACUGAAAAACACAGUGCUCCUAGUCCUCAUGGAUCUUUAGUUCUGUGAGUAGCUCUGACUGGCAGAUGGUUCAAAGACUGUGUUGCUGGUUGGGAGGAAGAGAGGCGAUUCAAUGGAGUGCUGAGAAGCUGAAAGGCGUCCUGCCCUCGGGAGCAGGCAGGCCACAGCUGCCUCCCCAGAGCCCAAGGAACAUUGCCCCCCCCCCCCUGCUCUGUGGCAAGGUGGCAUUGCUGAAAGGCUCCUGAAAGACCCCAGUCUGAAAUCUUGUGCCCCAACUGGUUUGUCUGGCCGAUCUUGUGGUGGGAAGGCCCCGCAAGGGUCUGGUGGGUUGUGUCUGGAAGAACAGAUCCUCGGAGCCUUCAGCAGGUCCUCAGGGCCUCCCUUGACACUGUGGACAGCAUUCAUUGUGGGACUGCCAUUUAUUAUUUCCAUUUUAUGGCGGGGGGGAGCUGAGGCAAACCAAAAGUUUGCCCAAGCCUUGCAGUUGAUCCAUGCUAGAGAUGGGCUGGGGCCCAAGUCUCCAAGGGGGCUUGAGCCUUUAAGGAGAAGGCGCGAUCCUUGUGCUCUGGUGCACCGUUAGCAUGGGUGCUAAGUAUCGAUGCUAAGAUGCGGAAGCGGCUCCCAGGUUUACAGUUCCCUUUUGGACCUCUUGAAGAACCUGUGAGCUACACUGGAAGGCCAUUUGCAGGAGAGGCCUCUGUUUUAGAGAAAGCUGAGUCAAACUGAAGACCAGAGCCCACAAGUGUGAUUUUGCAAGUGGCACAGGAAACUAAUUUUAUCUCCUUCCUCAGCUGCUCCAGGCAUGCAGCUCUUGACUUCCUCUCACAAGCCUGGAGAGAGACUGAACUCGUUUUCAAGACCGCCUCUCUUCCACCUCUUCUCUUGCAUCUGGAGGCAUUCCAGGGCUGUGUUUGGGCCUCAUUCCUAUUACCUUUCCAUUCCUCGGCUGCUUGUUCAAAAGGAAAAAGCCUAGUCUGGAGGCCAGUGCCCCCUUGCAGAGCAGAGUCUGUUUGUUUGCCUCUCUGAGCUGUCCCUCCCUCCCUCUGGACUGGAAACUCUCCAUUUAAAUAGCUGCUCUUCAGCUGAGUGGACAGCCCUUCUAGGUCUCCAUUUAAGUGCGGGGGGGGGGCACUCUCACUGCUGAACGGCUGAAUAAAUGCUGCUGAACUUGGAACCUGCUGGGGCAGGACAUUUCCAGUGCAGUCCUGUAAUGGUUUUGCAAGGCUUGGAAACAGAGAGGCCUGACCCCCCAGCCUCCCUGGGACAGGAGUUGGGGGUCUCCCUCCUGGUUUGGAUAGGGGGAAGGUGUGACCUGGAGCCUACAUUUCAAAAUAUUUUCUCCCUGAUCUGCACCAAGCCUUUCCCAUCCAAAGGCUCCUUCCAGUGCUUAAGGUGUCCCAGGACUCCUUCCAGUUUCCUGGGCUGAUGGGAAGAGGAGCUGACGUGGUCUGCCAGCACCAAACCCCCGAGACUGUUUCACCAUUCUUCCCUCCCUUCUUCCACAUCAUCUCUCCUGCAACAGGAGUCCUGUUCUUGCCGCUGCAUCAUGAUUUCCAGAAUGUCUUGGCCCAGAUGCAGAUCUGGAAAUGCCCUUCUCGAGAGGCACAAGAGCUCCCUGAGGCAUCCAGGAACCUUCUGCCACGUCAGUCCGGUGGUCGUAUUUCACCCCGCCAAAGCAGCGCCCCGCUGGGCUUUUCUCAGGCGUGGAUGGCUGAGCAGCCGCAGUCAGCCCUGAAUCACAGUGGGGCAGCCGGCUGUGUGGCUCACAGCCCCUUAGCAACCAGCCUGACAGUUCUAGAAUCCUGAUCCAUUUCCGGCCGGUUGCAAAUCCACGGGGCCCCUCCUUUUGCUCAAACCAGGGGCUGGGAGUAUCCUGGCUGGCUUCGCUGCAGGGGGGAACUAGUCAUGGAGAUGAGCUCAGCCACCAGGACCCCCUCUCGUGGGAAGACAUCCCUGAGCCUUCUCCCCGAGUAGCCUCAGGAAAGCAGCCCGCGAGAGGCCAAAGCUGGGGGCCUUUGCAGAGGGAUCCCCCGCUCCCUCCUGGCUUCUUCUGUCAAAGGCGUUGGGGACGGGGCUCAGGGAAUGGCCCCAUCCUGAUAGGAGGCAGUUCUGAAAGCAUCCCGCCGUCUUUCCGGAGAGACUCAGAGUGUCCCCUCGAGCUUCACUCAAGAAACCACAGGGCCUCUUCCCAGAAGAUCUUUCUGCUGCUGUGGUGGUGGGAGAAUGCUUGGCAGAUGAACAGCCCGCUGGGUUUUGUUUUCUGGGUGGAGGUCCUGCCCGGCCUCUGUAGAAGGUACUUGUUCUGCAGGGCCUUAGGGAAAUUGGGGCCGCACUUCAGGGGCACCACCGAGGUGCUCAGUUGCAAGCCUGACCCCGAUCCUUCCCACCUGAUUCCGGUUGCCUUCCCUGGACAGCCUCUAUGGAGGUGGGCACCGUAUUCUGGGAGCUUCUCCACUGCAGAGCUGGGCUCAGCUUUGGCAUCCGAGCACAAGCCGGUCUUUCAGCCGGUGGGACUAAGGAUCAGAAGCGGCCACAAGGGACCAUCCAAGGAGCCAAACAACCGUCGUGUGCAGUUGUUUGGUGUUAGAGUUAGACCAAUAAACGCAUUUCUGCCCACCCUUUUACUUUUUAAAUAUAUUUCCACUUCAAAAGCUGGAUUUUUUACCACUGGGGGAACAUAGCCUCAGCUUGACAUUCUGGUGCAUUGCACUGAUUCCUUAAACGUCGCAAAGGAAUGUUAACAUUUUGAGGGUGGCACGUAACCUAGAAGGCCCUUUUCUUCUGAUUGCGGCAUGUUCUUCCCACCGCUUAGCCAACCUAAGAAACCCUUUCCCACUUCAAAAAGCCCCCCAUGAUGGUGCAGCUGGUACCUUUGGGCUCUUCUGAAGAUGCAGCUGAACAGAAGAGAGGAAGUCCCUUGGAUGUUGCAGAACAGAAAUUUCCUGUUUACAUAAUGCAGUGAAUUACCGAGAAACCUCCUUCCGUAGGAACUUCUUCUCGAAGGUGCAGCCUUUUAUCUGGGCCGCCCUGCGGGUGUGUGCGCAUUGUGCCGCGGAGAUGUUCUUCCCGCACCCUCUGGAAUGCAGCUUCAAGCCGAGCUGAUCGCCCGGGGGGCCACUGCCAGCGUCAGAGCUGGAUUUUCCUGAUUUCGGGGUUUGCCGUUGGGCUGAGAGGGAGCAACGAAUGAGCAGGAAAAUGAACUCUGCCAGUCGAGGGCCUGGCCUUUGGGUGCCCAGAUGGUGAAGGUGGCGCAAUCCCUGGUCCCAUGCGGAGGGGGCGAGGAUGCGGCUGACCGUGAGACGAGUGCUAAUGGUGGCGGGCUUCGCCGUGGCCCUGAUGGUUUCCGUCCACCUGGGCCAGCAGGUGCUACAGUGCCAGCAGAUCCUGGGCCAGGGCCUCAGCCGGGGACUGAUGCGCCCUGAAAGUGAAGAGCUGGUGAUGCUCGACUCCAACCGGGUUGAAUAUCGCUACAGUAAGGAGAUGCCGCUGAUCUUCAUCGGUGGCGUCCCUCGGAGCGGGACCACCCUGAUGCGAGCCAUGCUGGACGCGCAUCCGGAGGUGCGCUGUGGGGAAGAGACACGCAUCAUCCCGCGGGUGCUAGCCAUGCGCCAAGCCUGGUCCAAAUCUGGGCGGGAAAAGAUGCGCCUGGACGAAGCCGGGGUGACAGACCAGGUCUUGGACGCGGCCAUGCAGGCCUUCAUCCUGGAGGUGAUUGCCAAGCACGGGGAGCCAGCCCGGUACCUCUGCAACAAGGACCCUUUCACGCUCAAGUCCUCCAUUUACCUCUCCCACCUCUUCCCCAACUCCAAAUUCCUCCUGAUGGUUCGCGAUGGACGGGCUUCCGUCCACUCCAUGAUCACCAGGAAGGUCACCAUUGCCGGCUUCGACCUUCGCAGCUACCGGGAUUGCUUGACUAAGUGGAACAAAGCGAUUGAGGUGAUGUACUCCCAGUGCCUGGCGAUCGGCCGGCUGCGGUGCCUCCCCGUCUACUACGAGCAGCUGGUUCUGCACCCCCAGAAAUCCAUGCGGGCCAUCAUGGACUUCCUGGACAUCGCCUGGAGCGAUGCGGUCCUGCACCACGAGGAGCUGAUCGGGAAGCCAGGCGGGGUCUCCCUGUCCAAGAUCGAGCGAUCCACGGACCAGGUGAUCAAGCCUGUGAACAUGGAGGCCUUGACGAAGUGGCUGGGACACAUUCCGGCAGACGUUGUGCAGGACAUGGCCCACAUUGCCCCCAUGCUGGCCAGGCUGGGCUAUGACCCCUAUGCAAACCCUCCCAACUAUGGCAGCCCAGACCCCAUGGUGAUCAACAACACCCACCGGGUUCUGAACGGGGACUUUAAAACACCUGCCAAUUUGAAAGGACACCUUCAGGGGACUCUGAAUACUACUGCUUUUCAUUGACCAACCUAAUGAUUUCCAGGUGCAAAUUGCUUCCCGUUGUUCUGAAAAGAAGAAAAUUUGCAAACAGUGACAGUGGAAAUCCAUUAUCCAAGCAUAUUGCUUGCUAUUGAUGUUGCCAAAUCAAGUGCUGUCUGCAAAACACUUUUCAUUUUGCCAUUAAUUUGUCAAGUCUGGACUUUCCAAUUCCUGGAAAGAAAUCGCGUUCCAAGUUUGGACACUGCUCUGCAGUGAUACAUGUGGAAAUUAAAAGGGAACCAUAAAGUAUAUUGGAGAAGAUUUUAUACUUGUCUGGAGAAGAAGUUUUUAAGGCUCUGCGUAAAACCAUCUUGUAAUUUUUGUUCUCUAAUUUGCAGACCUCAACUAGCUAUGUUCCUAUAACCUCCUUAGAACGCUUUUGGUCUUACCGGCACUUGUCUCCUUUAAUUCUCUCUUCUCAGUAAUUUACAAAAUUAAAGAGAUUUAUUUAUUAAUUCUGAAAUAUAUAUGAGG